UCGGGAGAGAGGCUGCGUACUACAUCCCGCACAGGCCGGCGAUCACAGAGCUACGAAAGGCAGAAACAGCUUUUACGCUUCUAUCAUCUGCGGUGAAUCAAAUAACAGCAGCUCCAGCACAAGUCUCAUGACGUCCUUGGACUUGAUGAAAAAACAGUGUUUAGCAUCUGGGACGCUGUCCUCAGCUUCUCUCAAAAGAAGGUUCAUAAAGAACAGCAGAGUCGCUCCGGGGAGGCAACACGAUGCGGGCAGCGAGUGUCAGCUGUGCAGAUGUUCCAUAUUUUCCCAUUCAGGCAGCAACCAGACUGUUCGUCGGAUUCUGACAGCCUGCCUCCUCUCUUUCAUGGCCCUGCUCGGAUCUGUAUUCAUCGACGUCAACUCCAACUUUGACUUGCUGUACACUACAGAAGCAGCUUACAGCGAGCUGACUUCAUGCAAGACUCUAACUCUCCUGCAACUUGUCAGUAAACUUCAAAAGACGAGACAUUUAUUUUCCAAAAGAGUAGGGAAUGAGACAGCUGAGGCAAGUUUUCCUAAGAUGCUUUUUCUCAUCUUUGAUAAUCACUGUGACAAACUGGUGGGUCGAAGUAAUGACAUCGGGAUUCCUUGCAGUACUGAGUUUCCUAGCUUUUGCAAAGAGCUAGUGAGGAGCAUUCAAGGAUUUUUAAAUACUUCACAGGAUACAAACAUUACCAGUGAAAGUGGAAUUCUUGCUUUCUCACUGGCUAUUGAAAGACUUCUUGACGUCUGGUGUACAGUAGAAGAUACUUUGGUAAAGGCCAAACAGAAUUCUAAUUGGAGAGAUGUACUGUCUGCAAGACUGUUGGUCACAUUUAUUGAGCUCAACCACCAGUUGAGAGACUUUGGCCACAUGCAAACUCCUACUGGCUUCCAGUUUAGAUGGUCAUACAUUCUGAGCUACCUCAGCUUUGCCAGGGUUUUGACAGAGAAACUGAAUGACUGUUGGCUAGAAAACAUAGACCACAAGAUAAACACUACGCUGGAUGUUCAGCAUUCCUAUAUUUUUGACACAAGUCAAUGGCAGAUCUCUGGCACAAGUAUGGAACGUCUGUCUGGGUCUCACACUGGAAUUCAAGCUCUGACAAACACUCAGCAGUGUUUAUUUGAUCGUGCAGUGUUGGCUCUCAGGGCGGGCUCUCGAUCCAUCUCUUCAGGCCUCAGUAUGAGGAUAUGCCUGCUGGCCAUGGCAUGUCUUAUCUACCCUGUGGUGAUGUUCUCUUUCAAACAGAUGACAGAGUGGAUACAGAACUAUGCCCACAGUCUGAAGGAGAAAACACAAGACCUUAAGCACCAGAGGCAGCUGGCUGAAGAUCUGCUUCACCAAAUGCUGCCAAAGUCAGUUGCCAAACAGCUCCGCCAGCAUAAACAUGUUGAAGCUGAGAGCUACGAAAAGGUUGGUGCAAGAGGUAGCUAUGACUAUACCAGGUUAUACAGUGAAGGAUUGCUGGUGUUUAAAUCCCCCUUCAAACCUGAUUGGACCAAUGGACCAGCCUUCCUUGCCUGUCAUUGGAAACAAAUUAUACACCAGAACAGUUUCAAAAUAAAUUCUCCAUUAGAAACUGUUUAUGCAUCCAGUUUCAAGUGUCAUUUGACCGGGAAGUAUUCCCAGGCUGAAGUCGGCCACACUUGCUGCUCAUCAGCCCUCGCCAGCUGGAGCUGA